GUCGUUUGAGACUAAACAGUUAUGUAACUGCUGGUGUCCUUCUGCGCCGCCAGUGCGCAUUUCUUUGGAGUUCUGCGCUCUGGAGUUGCUAUAUUGGGAAUCCCUCUUCGGGGAUAUUCGAAUUCGGGAACAUGUUUCUUUACAGGACCGUAUAUUUUGUCUGCUACAUGCAAACGUCAAGGAUGAACGCAGUGUCUGGAAAAGACCAGCUAUUUGGCUGAAUUGCGCACGGAAUUCGAAAAGUGAUUUAAAGGCUUCUCGGAUUAACGUUAUUAACUUUCUCUCGGUCGUUGGAAAGUUAAUGAUCAACCCCUGCUCGACAACUUCGUUGGGCAGCCAGUAGAUUCAAUGUAAACUAUAAGACAUGGGUAGCAGUCUGAGUCUGAGCAGAAGUAAAAAGAUCGCACCUGUGUGUGUGGUCGAAAUAAACGUUUCCAAAAGAGAAACCGAGUCGCCGGAGGAAACAGUCGCCCCUGCUCCGAGAUCUCCCGGGGAUGUGAGGAAUUCUUUCAGGCGAUUUAAAUUCCCAAACUUUACAAACGGUAGCAACUUUUCCAAAGUGGACUGUAGAAGACGCGGAUCGCCUCGAUCCACCGAGAAGGAUGAUGAACAUCGAGGGAAACCGGAGCGAACUCCUGCUGCUUGUGAUGAUGAGCAUGGGAAUAUUUCUAAAACCAAGAAUGGACAUAAUAAGAAGUCUUUCGUCAGAUCCAGGACGUACGGCCUGUGCACUUUUAAACGAGUCAGCUCCAACACGGAGUUAAACCCCACGACGACUCCAUCGCAAGCGUUCACUUCCAGCAAUGAGUCGCGUCGCCAAGAAUGUGGUUGGGAAGACGUAAACAAGAAUGGGAACAGUGUGUUCAGCCACGUGAGGAAACACGCACCAGCCGCAGGCUCCGACCACGAGCACAGAGGCUUGGGUCCAAGUCGUUCUUGUGUGGAACAAGUUCUCAAAACAGGAAACGACUCAUCUUUUGCCAACUGCCUGAACACCCCAGUGACCACGCCCGUCAUUCUGUAUGAUGGCUCUGAGGAGGAGCUGAUGGAUACUAUCGAGAGGGAAUUCAGCUGAUCCCCACCCCUGAUGGUCAUGAGAGCGCUUCCAUCUCUACACACCGUCUUUGGAAGUGAUCCUCAAAGUUAUUCAAAGAUUCAUGUUGUUAUAUUGUUUCUCUUGUCAAAUUCAUGGGUGUGCGUAGACCACAGACUCCUGGAUUGGAUAGUUAAUAACUAUCCAGAUUAUUAUUAUUAUUUUGAAUAUUAUCGCCGAACACUGGGCACACUAACAAUAAUGUGUCCGAACUCGCGACAGAGACAAGUGACUGUUCUAUGAUUUGUCCCCCAGAAGGCUUGAAGCACUCACAUAUUUGUUACCCAUUGACUUGUGUUACCCAUUGACUGCUUGUCUUUCACUUGUCUGUUAUGACAAACCCGUUUGAAGAACUUUACUUUUUGGCUUUUUAUAAGGGCAACAUCAAUUCAACACAAUUAAAGUAUGGUCUAGUAAGAUAUUGCAUUAACUUCAAAGUUCUAGAUACUAAUGCAGCAUUGGCUUUUCCGUUUUAUGAUAAGUGGCCACUGCUGUGCAAAGCGGGUAUGGGUAGGAUUAUUUAUUUAACGUUUGUUCCCUGACCAUGUUUCCUCAACUCCUUAAAAGGAAUGUGUGGCCGUGGAGAGAUGUAAGAAUGAGCUCAGAAUCAAGGCUCAGUCUUGGCAGCUGUGCUUCUGCUGCUUAUGCAGUCUUCGAGCUGCUAGAGAUUAUUUAGCUCCGUGUUGACAUGAAGGUUUACUGGUACCCAGUGGAGGUAGCAUGAACUACAUGUGGCUCUGUUAAAAAAUGCAAUACAGAGAGUUCAGAUAAUCUUUCAGCUUUACAGUAAAGCAACUGCUUUGGUUAUAUUAUAGUAUAUUCUCCAACUUCAAUAUUGUAAAAAGUGUUUUUUAUAUACAGCAUAUAUAAUUGUCAAAUUCUGAACAUUGAGAUGAGGGUAUGUUUCAGUGAGAAAUUAAUUCUGCAAACAUUUUGGUAUUAAAGUAAAAGUUUUACUAGAUACCUGUUAAGAUCUGACAAUACAUAAAACUCAUGUGCCAUUUAUUUAACGCAGGCAACAUAAAAUAUUUUUUCUUUCAAAAAAUACAAAAUAGAUGGCACAAUAUAAAUAAAACAAUAAAAUAUAUAAUUUCCCCCCAAGUUAAAUACAACCCCAGAUUCUAAGACUUGAUUUUAAAAGAAAGUAGCAAUUAUAAACCAAUAUAGAGCAGUUAAGAGAAAAAUCAUUCAAGUAGUGUUCUGUUCUUCGGUGGCCUGUAAUAACUCAUUCUCCUGUGCACUAUGUGUUGAAGCUUGGAGGGCAGGAGAGGAAUCUGGUCUCCAAGCAUCUUGCAUAUACUGACGUUCUUAGCAAUGUAAUCCACACAAGACCUACCAGAGAAAAAACUGUUAGGAAAGCCGGUUCCAGUAUUUUGAUUAAAAAAGUAGCACGGCUAUUUUUAUUAUAUUGUCUUCAAAUAUAUAUGUAUAUAUUUUACCUGAAUAGAGGAUAUGGCUCGGUCUGAAAAACUAGUGCAUCAUUGCAAUGACCCUGGAGAACAAUACAGAUGAAGAAGUGGUUAGGGUUUUCUUGUUUUUAUGAUCAAAAGGCUUUAUGGGAUGUUUUUUUACUCUUAUGUAUUCAUGAAAAGCCCUCUACAAUGUUGGUAAUAAAUGCAUUCAAACUCUUAAUGCAUAAUCUCAAUGUUAUUCUGCAAAACAUUACUGAGACAAUUUUCCAAAGCACGUUUUCUUUUGAAAAAAAACUGAAACGGUUCAUCCUCUUAUAUUCUGAAAA